AUGCGCGCAUCGCCUCGCUCCUCUGUGGCCGCGUCACGCAGCGGCAACCCAAGCCUACCGUCCGGCAUCGAUACCCUCGCUCGCGUCGCAGCAGCACAGUGGCAGCACGGCCAACCUCGACCUCGACUUCAACCUCGCCUUCCUCCGUCCACCUCGACCACAGACACGCCCAGGUGCAGAAAUGCCCGCCCCUGCACAGACACCAACACUCAAUCGCACUCGGACUCUGAGGGCGAGCACGAGCAGGAGGACGGGCCGGCGCGCUCCACGCCCUCGCGCCAUGACCGGCGCGCAUCCAAAGCCUGUCAGGCCUGCCGAGCGCGAAAGACACGCUGCGACGCUCGCAGGCCCACCUGCUCCUACUGCGCAAGGCUCUCACGCACCUGCGUCUACGUCGAGGGCGACCUGCGCAAGCAGCGCCCUUCGAAGCGACGUCGCAAGGAUCCACCACCGCCGCCGUCCCCUCAGACCGCUGACGAGACCAGCAUCAACGGGCCCAGACGGGCCUCAUCGGCAGCAGCGGGCCAGUCCGAUGCUACGACGGCAGAAGACGUUGCAUCUAUGCCGCCGCUGCAAGGUCGAGCCUCGCCACCGUUGAGCGGACGUGCUGCAAUGCCGCCGACGCCGCCACUGCCGCCACUGCCGACACCGUCGGCAUCUUCUAGCCAUCUACAGCAACAGCAUGCCCCCGCGCAACAGCAUCAACAGCAACGUCGACGACGGGACCAGAUUCAGCACCAGGAGAACCAGAGCUUGCCCGGGCAGCCAGGCCAGCACCGGGCACCACCACCCCCGCCGCAGCCGCCAGACCCCAGCCAGGUCGACGCCACGACCCAGCUCUUUGCCCAGCCCGCCCCGCCUCUAUCUUCCCACAUUCUGCCCGACGAGCUCAUCGAGGCGCUCUCGGGCAAAGUCGCUUGGUUCGACGAGCUCGAGCGCAACUCUAACACCUCGUCAGCAAACGAGCUCGGCGCUGCCGGCAGCAGCAACGCUCACGCCUCGCUGCAGCCGUCCUGGUCGAAUGCGGCCGAUGUCGCCGCCCUCGACCCCAUGCUCGCAGAUCUCCUACAGCCGUCCACCACGCCUCGCCGAGUCACGGGCAAGGAGAGGGUCAUUCAGCUGCACUACUUCCGCUCGUUUGGUGGGGCCACGGCCGUCACUCAGGGCCUUAAGAAGAUCAGCGUGCGCAUCCGCGUGCCCGCCGAGCUCGAGUCGAUGCUCCUCGAGGCCCAGAACCGAAGCACCCUCUUUGACCCCGCAUCGAGCAGCCUAGACCCGCAAUCGCUCGACCUGCAUGCGCUCCUCGGCACUUCGAGGAUGGUGCCAAGUCAUCCGGCCACCGCCAGCGAGGCCUCGCCAUCGCAGGGGUCCGGACUCUUUGCUAGCAUGGCUUCAGGCCAAGGCGCAGCAUGGACGCCGCCCGCGGCUACCGCGUUGCACGAGGACCUUCCAGACCCUCCGUUGCGGGACCUGCUACUCAAACGCUUCUUCCUGCAUCUCGGCGACCAUUUCCCGUUCAUCAGCCAGGCCACGCUCGAACGGCAGUUGGCCGAGGGGAAGCGCGUCAACCCGGCGCUCGUCCACGCAAUGUGCGCCCUGUCGGCCCGCUUCGCCCAGCCACACGAGCUAGAUACAGCCUCGCCCGGAGCGGCGUCGACGCCAGCGGCGUCCGCACAUCUUUCUCGACCCUCGUCCCUCGACGCCACCACUGGAUCCUGCUCGAAGCCUCACUCGCGCGGUCUUCCCUUUGCCGAACGUGCCAAGUCGUAUGUCAUGUCGUCGAUCACCUGCCCCUCGGUGACGACGGUGGCCACGCUCGUCCUGCUCGCCUGGCACGAGUUUGCCGUCAACGCCGAGGGCGGACUGUGGAUGUUUGCCGGCAUGGCCCUUCGCAUGGCCAUCGACCUCGGCCUCCAUCGCCGCGUCAAGAAGCACUGGCUCGCGCCCAGCUCGCCGGCCGGCGCGGAUGCGGGCGAUCUGAUCCAGCGGCAGCCGCUCUUCUGGUGCGUCUUUGCCCUCGACCGCCUCCUGUCGAUCGGCACCGGCAGGCCCACUAGCCUUAAGGACUCGGAGAUCAACCUCGAGUUUCCGCCGCUCACCGUGUCGCUUCCCGCCCCGACCGCCCCGACAGGGAGGCGCGCGGAUCUGGACGGCGGCAGCGGCAGCGGCAGUGGGAACACGUCACGGCAUCGCCCAUCCGUCUUUGGCCACCUCACCCGGCUGAUGCAAAAGGCCGGCACACUCGCCGAGAUCGCCAACAACCUCGGCGACGAAGACGACCAGCGGCCGCUCGAGGAGCUCGACCGGCUCGAGGCGGCCAUGAUUGGCGACUACGAUGCGCUGCCGCCGGAGCUGGUGCUGGGCGUCGAGCAGCUGCGCCAGUCGUCGGAGCCGCGCUGCCUCCUCUCGCUGCACCUGUGGUUUCACAACCUGCUCAUCCUGCUCAACCGCCUGCCCCUCAGCCGGCUGCGCGCCAGUCCGGUGAGCGCCGACGAGAGCCGCGAGAUCCUGCGCCAUGCGUCGGCGCAGAUCCGCAAUGCCGUCCUCUAUGCCGAUGCCGUCGAUCCGACGAUCCACCUCGCAUGCCCCUUUACCAAUCAGGCCUUCUGCCUUGCUGGCGGUGUCGAGGUCGGCAUGGCAGCCACGUUGCAGCAGCACAGACAGGCUGGCGGCGGCGGCAACGGGGCCGCCAGCGCAUCCGCCCGCGCAUCCGCCGCUGCCAGCCGCACCGCCCCGUCGUGGCGGAACGGCACGUCGACGCCCGCCAUCGGCCCAGGAGCGCGGUCGCUGUUUGUGCAGGCCCAUCUGGACGCGUACCAGCGGUGCGUCGAUGCGCUGGACAGGUUGACGGAGCGCUGGCUCGGCGUGAGCUGGAUCGCCAACGCACUCAAGGCGCGCAAGAUGGAAGAAGCGGGCGGCGAGAAUGGCGGUGUCGCGGGCGCGGGCGCGGGCGGCGAGACGAUGCUGUCGCAUUCGGAGCUGAAAGUGCUACUCCGUCUCGCGGCGUCUACGGCAUCUUCGACUGAGCAGCCCAUCUCGAUCAUCGACGAUCCGUCCAGCGCCGGCGCGUCCUCGUCCUCCGGCCAGGCGCAAGCACAGACCGCUCCUCGGGACGCAGCGGCGCCGUCGUGGGUCUCGUCGGCCACGACGCUAUCCAACGCGGCGUUUGCGUGCUUCGGCCCCGCCGAGGCGCCGCCAACCUCUCUGCCGGCCGUCUCGACCAGCAGCAGCAGUGAAAGCAACACGUCGAUCUCGGCAUCUGCUCCGCAGCCGCCGCCUUCUGCGUCGGCGCUGCAUCACAUCUCGAUCAGCGACAUCAGCCACCCGGACGACCUGUCGCAGUUCCUGCCCUUCCUAUCGCACCACGCCCUAACGUUCGCAGCAUCCUCGACGACCGCGACACCGCGUUGA